AUGAGUGGCCGUUACCACAUCUCUGAUAAAGGGUCGUCUCGAUCUACGCGCGAUGAUUCUAGGCAGCACAAGGAGAGGCGCGAAGGGCGGGAGCGGAGAAGAUCGAGGUCCCGCUCACCACGACAGUGGUCCCCCAGUCAAAGGCGCUAUUCGCGAGACAGAUCGCCAAAGAGUAGAGAAAUUGAAUAUAAAGACAAAAAGCGUCGGUCAUCAGAUUUUGAGGAUCCUGAAGAAGUGCCAGCACCGCCACCACCCCCUCGUAUUACCAAAAUAUCAAUUGACUUUAACAAACCAAAAGCACCGAUCAAAAUGAACCUGGGUGCACCUGCGAAACCUGUCGCUACUGUAGCAUCAGUCUUUAACGCUGAUGAUGAUGAUGAGCCUGAAGAGAUGCCCGCUGAAGCUAGAAUGAGGAUGAGAAAUAUUGGCAGGGAAACUCCAACAUCGGCAGGUCCAAAUUCUUUUGGCAAGACAAAGCAAGGUUUCUGUGAUGCAAAGAAAGUAUUUGAGAAGAACUUGAAACAAGCCCUUGAUAUGGCAGACAAACCUGCAAUUCCCAAAUUACCACAAACAAUUUAUAAAAUUAAAGGCCCAUGA